AUGGGGAAUGCCAUCAAACGGAUAGAUACAGUUACGGCCAGUACUAGCAGAGGAGGAGGAGGAGGAGGAUGGGGUACCACUAACCAGAGAUAUACUAAUGUUAUCCAGCCAUCUACUUUUAAGUCUAAUACAUGGGGUGGCAGCAGAGAUCACGGAAGAGGAUUUUUUGGCUCCUCUGAUUUUGGAUCAUCAGGUGGCGGCAGCAGAAAUACAGACUUUUCACAGAACAGAUUCUCUGCAUUAAUGAACAGUCAAAAUAUUGCUGAUGGCUAUAAAGAUGAAGAGGAGAGACUUCUUGAAUGUGUAGUGAAAGACAUGGAAAUUUGGGAAUCUUCAGGACAAUGGAUAUUUUCAUCUUAUUCACCAAUGAAAGAAAAGCCAAAUGUCUCAGGCUUUCCAGAUUUCUCACCAGAAGAAUUGCGUCUGGAGUAUUAUAACUGCAGAGCAAACAAUAACAUUCAGAACUAUAUAAAUUCUGUCCAAGAGUUAGCAAAACAAUGGAAAAAUCGGCUGCUUCAGUUGAAAGCUUUAAAUGCAUCGACAAAAGCAGCUUUGCUAUCUGAAUUAAAGAACACAGUCGCUCAACCAUUGCCUGCCUUUGGAUUUGGAGGACAGCAAACAUCAAGCUUUGGGUUGUCAAGCUUUCCUGUGAACAGCAGCAGUAACAGUGCUAGCAGUUUCUCCUUUAAAACAAGUUCCAGUCUCGUCAGUGCAUCAUCUGGAAACACCCCUGCUUUUGGGAGCUCUUCUGCUGGUUGUAAUCCUCCCGCAUUCGGUGUGACGUCCUCUCCUAGCGUAUCCCAUUCUGUUGGUUUUGGCAGCCCGGUGGCUCCAUCUGCAGCCUCCUUCUCGUUUAAAACUUCUGAAACAACUAGCGGUUUUGGAACUUCUGGGUUUUCAGGGUUUGGCAAUUCUUCUGCUGUGAGCUCUUCAAGCACCACUCCGCUUACAGCCUUUGGAGCUUUUAAUGCAGCAGUAGCAGCUUCUCCCUCACAUUCAAGCAGUACUUUAUUUGGACAGACUGCCAGUUCGUCUGGACAUAAUAUAACAUCAGCGUCUUCUGUAGUCACAAACAAUACUACAUCAGAAAAGUUAUUUACACCAAAGAGUGAAUUAUCACCUGAAGAGUUGAAACAAUUUGAAGCAAAAAAGUUUACAAUGGGAAAGAUUCCUCUUAAGCCACCACCAUUAGAACUUCUAAAUGUUCAGGAGUUUUAA